CGUGCGCACGCUCCAUGACCUUUGCCCGGCACCGGCAUGGUUUUGAAGCGUCGGGGCGACGUGCGUGCGAAGUGUUUGUAGUACUUUCUAUGUCGCACCAGCCGAAGAUCAACACUUUCUAGGAUUCUCGGAGACAGAGCAGUUGAGAAGCAACCAUGAGUGCACGUGGAAGAAAGGGAGCUGCCAUCACUGUGGAACAGAUACAGGGAGACAGGCUUACUCAGUUUGCUAACAAGUUAUGGGCACCACAUCGCACAGGUCCAACUCCAACAUUCGACUCACAGGUUGUUGAAGACAUCUACAAGAAGGAUCUACUGGGUACCAAGUUUGCUAUCAGAAGGGUGAUGCUUCUGGAGUUCAGUCAGUACCUGGAAAACUUCCUGUGGCCAAACUAUGACCCAGACAAGGCCACCCACGCACACAUGAUGUCUGUAGCCGUCAUGGUCAACGAAAAGUUCAGGGAGAAGGUUCCAGCAUGGGAGCCCUUUGUGAAGCAGCCUGACCACUUCCCCAUGUUUUUCCGGCGAGUGAUGUCAGCCAGCCUGCAGCAGGAGGGCAUGACCCUGAGAGAACAGACCGUCCUGCUGGUGUUCCUCAUACACUGCUUCAACAGUCUGGAAGUGGACCUGGUGAGGGGACAGGUACAGCGACUGGUCUCCCUCCCCAUGUGGAUAAACCUGCUACCAGCUCGUCUACAGCAGGAACUGAAGGCUACACCAAAGUUGAAGAAGUUCUGGAAUGUGCUGAAAAAGGCAGACUCUCGAUUGAAUCCAUCUGCUCUGGAAAGAUCUGUUUAUGACAGACAGUUUCUGUAUCACCUGAUGAAGAAAUUCUUUGGUACUUUGGACAACAUUCCUGCCACAGGACCAGUAGAGAUGGACAAAGUUCACUACUGUGAGAGGUUCAUGGAGCUGAUGAUUGAUCUAGAGGCCCUGCUACCCACAAGACGUUGGUUUAACACACUGAUGGACGACUCUCACCUGGUGGUCAAGUGUCGACUGUCUAAACUGACCAAAAAGGAGGAAGGCAGGCUCUUCAACCAGCUCCUAGACAGGCUGAAGUUUUAUGCCGGCUUCGAGAUCAAUGACCAGACAGGGGAAGCUCUGACCGACCACAACAUGACAGACCUACACUACAACAGGAUCACAUCUCUACAGAGGGCUGUAUUCAAGCACUUUGAGGAGCUUCAGAAGUUUGCCUUUGCAAACGUAGCCAGUAUAGACACCAGGGAAGCCCUUCAGUCACACUUCAGUGCCAUGAGUGCCAAAAAGCUGCAUGAAGUGUGUGCAUACCUGAACCUACUGCCACAUCCUGAAGGAGAUGGGGAGACCUCCCCCUACAGUCCUAACCUUCUUCUGGAACUGUUGGUGUCACGCCAUGAGCGUAGACUGUCUCAGCUGGAGGCUCUAAACGAGAUGCCGCUCUAUCCUACUGAGGAGAUCCUGUGGGAUGAGAACAUUGUUCCCACUGAGUACUUCUCUGGUGAAGGUCCAGAGCCAAAACCCAACAUGCCGGGGGAAAACAGAACAUUCCGAGUGUGGCUGGACCCAAACCAGUACCAAGUGGACAUGGCCAGGACAAUGGACGGUGCAGAGGUGUGUGGACCUUCUACAUUAGCCUUCAUUGUUACUCCCAAUGAAAUCAGACAAGAUAUAGAAGACGCAGUUGGCAGAAUGAAGCCAUGGAAAGCGGAGGAUGGAGGUGUGUAUUUUGGAGGAUGGGCCAGGAUGGCUCAGCCAGUCGUGGCAUUUGCUGUUGUUGAGGUUUCCAAGCCUCAUGUAGGGAAGAAUCACCCCUCCAGAGUCAGGGCAGACGUCACUGUGAACCUGAACCUCAGACAGCACAUCAAGCAGGAGUGGGAGUCCCUGCGGAAACAUGACGUUUGUUUCCUGGUGUCUGUCCGCCCCCUGCCCAUCGGCACCAGGUACAGCCACGACCAGCCGUUUGUCCCCCAGGUGGGCCUGACCUGUGUCAGGGGGUGCGAGAUCGAAGGCAUGCUGGACGAAAAGGGCAGGGUCAUCGAGGAGGGUCCAGAGCCAAAACCCAACAUGCCGGGGGAAAACAGAACAUUCCGAGUGUGGCUGGACCCAAACCAGUACCAAGUGGACAUGGCCAGAACAAUGGACGGUGCAGAGGAUGUGUAUGAAACGUUCAACAUCAUCAUGAGAAGAAAACCCAAGGAGAACAACUUCAAGGCUGUUCUGGAGACCAUCCGUGACCUGAUGAACACAGAGUGUGUGGUGCCAGACUGGCUCCAUGAUGUCCUCUUGGGAUACGGGGACCCUAGCUCAGCACACUACACCAAGAUGGACAACCAGAUUGCAGACCUGGACUUCUGUGACACCUUCCUCAGCAUCGACCACCUGAAGGCCUGCUUCCCAGACUACCAGGUCAAGGUCACAACCGAUGACCCCUCCAAGCAGCUCCCUCCGUUCAAGGUCACCUUCCCAGAAGUGGCGGCCAAGAAGAGGAAGAGAGAAGAUGACAGUGGGGAGGGCGCAUCCACGGAUGGGGAGGGUAAUAAACACAUCGUUGUGGAGCCCUACACCAUUCCAAACAGGGGGCCGUAUCCAUACAACCAACCAAAAAAGAAUACAGUUCCAUUCACCAGUACCCAAGUUGAGGCCAUCAGAGCUGGAAUGCAGCCAGGUCUAACUAUGGUGGUUGGUCCCCCUGGUACUGGAAAGACAGACGUUGCUGUGCAGAUCAUCUCCAACAUCUAUCACAACUUCCCAGAGCAAAGGACUCUCAUUGUCACACAUUCCAACCAGGCUUUAAACCAGUUGUUUGAGAAGAUCAUGGCCCUGGACAUUGAUGAGAGACACCUGCUGCGUCUGGGUCACGGUGAGGAGGCUCUGGAGACAGAGAAGGACUUCAGCAGGUACGGCCGAGUGAACUUUGUGCUGGCGAGAAGGCUGGAGCUGCUGAAGGAGGUGGCCAGGCUACAGGAGAGUCUGGGGGUGCCAGGAGACGUGGCCUACACCUGCGAGACAGCAGGACACUUCUACCUGUACCAGGUGCUGGCCAGGUGGGAGGAGUAUCUGAGCAAAGUCAAGAGGCCGGGCCUGAGUGUGGAGCUCAUCAAGGAACAUUUUCCCUUUGAGAAGUACUUCGCCAAUGCUCCUCAGCCAAUAUUCAAAGGAAAGUCAUAUGAUGAAGACAUGGACAUUGCAGAGGGAUGCUUCAGACAUGUUAAGAAGAUGUUCAAGGAGUUGGAGGAGUUCCGUGCCUUCGAGCUGUUGCGCAGUGGCCUGGACAGGUCCAAGUACCUGCUGGUGAAGGAAGCCAAGGUGAUUGCCAUGACCUGCACACACGCAGCCCUCAAGAGGCAUGACCUGGUGGAAGUCGGCUUCAAGUAUGAUAACAUCCUGAUGGAGGAAGCUGCACAGAUCCUGGAGAUUGAGACAUUCAUCCCUCUACUGCUGCAGAACCCAGAAGAUGGCUUCAGCAGGUUGAAGAGGUGGAUCAUGAUCGGAGACCACCACCAGCUGCCUCCAGUCAUCAAGAACAUGGCCUUCCAGAAGUUCUCCAACAUGGAACAGUCUCUCUUCACAAGGUUUAUCAGACUUGGUGUACCUCCUGUUGAUCUGGAUGCACAGGGCAGAGCAAGACCAAGCAUCUGUAACCUGUACAACUGGCGGUACAAGAAGCUGGGGAACCUGCCCCAUGUACAACACUGGGAGGAGUACAGGCUAGCCAACCCCGGCUUCUGCUUCGACUACCAACUCAUCAAUGUGGAGGACUUCAACGGAGUUGGAGAGUCUGAACCUAACCCUUACUUCUAUCAGAAUCUGGCGGAAGCGGAGUACGUUGUGGGCAUCUUCAUGUACAUGAGGCUGCUGGGAUACCCUGCCGAGAAGAUCAGCAUCCUGACCACCUACAACGGCCAGAAACACCUCAUCCGUGAUGUCAUCAACCAGAGGUGUGGAGACAACGCUCUCAUUGGCCGGCCCAGCAAGGUCACAACAGUAGAUCGGUUCCAGGGUCAGCAGAAUGACUACAUCCUCCUGUCUCUGGUGCGCACCAAGGCUGUGGGACAUCUCAGGGAUGUCCGUCGUCUGGUAGUGGCCAUGUCUCGUGCCAGACUGGGCCUGUACGUCGUGGCCAGGGUCUCCCUGUUCCAGAACUGCUACGAGCUCACACCUGCCUUCAACCUGUUGAUGGAAAGGCCACUGAAGCUGCAUUUGACCCCACAUGAAACAUACCCUACCUUGCGCAAGAAUGGAGAUCCGCCCUAUGGUGCCCCAGUUGUAAUCCAGGACAUGCCCCACAUGGCACAGUUUGUGUACGACAUGUACAACAGGCAGGUGCACCACAUGCAGGAGGCCAUGAGGUUGAUGGAAAGGCCACUGAAGCUGCAUUUGACCCCACACGAAACAUACCCUACCUUGCGCAAGAAUGGAGAUCCGCCCUAUGGUGCCCCAGUUGUAAUCCAGGACAUGCCCCACAUGGCACAGUUUGUGUACGACAUGUACAACAGGCAGGUGCACCACAUGCAGGAGGCCAUGAGGGCUGAGCAGAGGAUGCAGCGAAGGUUCCGAGAGCUGAGACCUCCUGCAAAGCCCAGGCCAUCAUCACAGCCACCAAAGGAGAAGGAGGAGGAGGAGGAGGAGAAAGAGGAGAAGAUGGAAGAGGAGCGGGAACAUGUGAAGAUGCCUGAACACCCAGGCAGGGACAGUGACAGUGAGGGGGAGGAAGAUGAGGAUGGGGAGGACAAAAGGAAGGGGGAGGAGCCCACAGAAAAGGUGAUGGAGGGGGAGGGGGGCAAGGAAGGGGAUGUGGCAGACAAAAAGAGUGAAGAAGAAGACAAGAAGAACUAGAAUAAGGCAGAAUGAGCAGGAUGGGGAGGGCAAAAUAAGGGAAAGGAGCGCACAGAAAAGGGGAUGGAGGGGGAGGGGGGCAAGAUGUGGGAGACACAAAGAGUGAAGAAGAAGACAAGAAGAACUAGAAUAAGGCAGAAUGAGGAGGACAAGGAAGACAAAGGGAAGGGGGAGGGGCCACAGAAAAGGGGAUGGAGAGGCAAGGAAGGAGGUGUGAGAGACAAAGAGUGAAGAAGGCAAGACGAACUAGAAGUAUUUUUUCAACAAAGUUGAGCUAAGGGGACCUACUGUUAUUUUUUUUCUACUUUUGUUCACAGUUUUCACAGUCACUUCUGUACCAUAAAUUUAUCAGUACCAUGAUUAUGAAAUCAUUUAUGUUCUGCCCCCUCUCCCACUACCAUGAAGGUUAAGUUCUGGGAACAUGUCCAUUUUCCUCAGAACGUGAAAUUUUGUUAACGUAUAGAUAACAAGUAUGUGUACUUUUAUGUUGUAAAAGCAG